UCAGCAGCUCCUUCUCUUCGUCUGCUUCACUUUUCUACAAAGUCAGCGGUGAGAGGGAUGAUGAUGAUGCAUCUUCAUCUCUUCUUCUAUGGUGUAUUUUGUGCUGCAUUGCCUCCAGCAGUGUUUUCCAGAGCUCCAACAGGCAACAGCAGCUGGAAGCAUCGACCUUCUGUUCACCACGUGGAGGACCAGAAACAUUUUUACGGAUCACGCAGAUCGACUCAUCAGACAGACGGACGGUUUACCAGCAGCUACAGCCGGCAGCCGACUGAACUCACCGCUAGAGGCUACCUCCAGCCACCAACACGGGACAGUGCUGACCUGAUCAUCAAACGGCAUUCGGAUGCUGUUUUCACCGACAACUACAGUCGCUUCCGUAAACAAAUGGCAGCCAGGAAGUUCCUGAAGUCUGUGCUGCAGGGGAACAGGAAGUUCAGCAGAUGAGAAGCUAGAAACCACCAGACUGUUGUAAUAAACCAAAUAAAACUCAGAUUAAA